CCCAAGUCUCGCGAGAACACGGCGGCAGGUCUCGCGAUACGCGGGCGCGGGCGCCGAGGAGGGAGAUCUGAGCGGUGGCGGCGAUCGCCCGUGUCUGAGUAAAGUGGCCAUGGAUGACCUGGGGGAAAACACCACUGUGCUGUCCACGCUGCGGUCUUUGAACAACUUCAUCUCUCAGCGGGUGGAGGCUGGGUCCGGCCUGGAUGCUGCCACCUCCGCCCCAGGUUCUCUGCAGACACAGUAUCAGCAGAGCAUGCAGCUGGAGGAACGGGCGGAGCGGAUCCGUGCCGAGUCCCAGGUGGUCCAGGUGGAGCGGGAGAAGAUGCAGAUGGAGCUGAGCCACAAGAGAGCACGAGUGGAGCUGGAGCGGGCGGCCAGCACCAGUGCCAGGUGCUACGAGCGCGAGGUGGACCGCAACCAGGAGCUGCUGACGCGAAUUCGGCAGCUGCAGGAGCGGGAGGCUGAGGCAGAGGAGAAGAUGAAGGAGCAGCUGGAGCGCCAUAGGCUGUGUGAGCAGAGCCUGGCCGCUGCUGGCCAGAAGCUGCGGGAGAAGGAGGACGGCCUGGCUGCGGCCGGGGAGACCAUCAGCACGCUGAAGGGGAGGGUCUCCGAGUUGCAGUGGAGCGUGAUGAACCAGGAGAUGCAGGUGAAGAGCCUGGAGUCUGAGAAGCAGGAGCUCAAGGAGCAGCUGGCCUUGCAGCACAAGAAAUGUCAGGAGGCUAAUCAGAAGGUUCAGGAGCUCCAGGCCAGCCAGGAAGCCAGGGCCGACCAGGAGCAGAGGAUCAGGGAUCUGGAGCAGAAGCUGUCCCUGCAGGAACAGGAUGCCGCAGUCGUGAAGAAUAUGAAGUCAGAGCUGGUGCGGCUGCCCAAGCUGGAGAGGGAGCUGAAGCAGCUGCGGGAGGAGAGCGCCUACCUGCGGGAGAUGCGGGAGACCAACGGGCUGCUCCGGGAGGAGCUGGAGGGGCUGCGGCGGCGGCUGGGACGCCAGGAGAAGUUGCAGGAGAGUCUGGUCGUCCUGGAGCUGGAGAAGGAGAAGCUGCUGGCAAAGCUGCAGAGUUGGGAGCAGCUGGAGCAGACCACGGGCUUGAACAUCAGAACCCCGGAGGACCUGUCCGGGUUUGUCGUUGAGCUGCAGCGGCGGGAGCUGGCUUUGCGGGACCGGAACAACACCAUCACCAGCAGCCCUGCUCCCAGCACCUCGGUGACCCAUCCGCAGGCCGAAGGCUUCUUGGGGAAGGGACAGCAUGUUGUGUGCGACGGCGUCCCCGGGGACGCAGAGGACGUGGGUGAGGAGCUGCUUGGUGAGCAUGUGUCGGCUGAAGGAAUGAACGAACAGCCGACUGAAGAGCCACAGUGA